GUGUCACCGUGUCGUGUCGCUCGGCUCCGUCUUUCCCACAACUGCUUGAACUCGAACAACGUUUGGAUGCCCCGUUCGGGCUCUCCUGUCUCCUAUUCCAGAACGCAAACCGGACUGUGUACCAUAUUUACACGUCCUAUUUUUUUUUUUUUUUUUUACGACAUCUUUCACACUUUUUUGACAAGUCCGAGCACUUGCGUUUGUGCACGCGCACAGGUAGACGCGAGGCUUGCCCGGAAAAAGAACCCGUAGUGCAGGUUGCAUUUUUUUGCUUGUUGUUGUCGUUGUUAUGUAGCAAAGUCAAGCACAAUGGAGGUGUUUACGGGUACAGUUUGAGGUUGCUUUUGAAUGCCCACGCUCCGAAAGUGAAGUCGAAACGACGGCGAAGCAACAUGAAGAGCGUGAAGAAGAAGCUGUACGUGCUCAUGGACGUGCUGUGCGUACUCGUCGCGGCAUUGCCUUUCAUUAUCAUGACCAUCGUCUUCAAACCUUACCAGAGGGGCGUGUACUGCGAUGACGAGAGCAUCAAGUACCCGCUCAAAGACGACACGAUCAGCCACAGCAUGCUGGCCGCCGUCACCAUCUCCUGCACUGUCGUCAUUAUCUCAUCCGGGGAAGCCUAUCUGGUGUACAGCAAGAAAAUUUACUCCAAUUCUGACUUCAACCAGUACGUGGCCGCCCUCUACAAGGUGGUGGGCACCUUCCUGUUCGGCGCCGCGGUCAGCCAGUCGCUCACGGACCUGGCCAAGUUCACCAUCGGCCGGCCUCGGCCCAACUUCAUGACCGUUUGUGCGCCCAAGCAGUGCACGGGCUACGUGCAAGCGAUCAACUGCACGGGCAAUCCACAGGACGUCACAGAGUCCAGGUUGUCCUUCUACUCUGGUCACUCAUCUUUUGGCAUGUACUGCAUGCUCUUCUUAGCGCUGUACGUUCAGGCCCGGCUGGUGGCCAAGUGGGCUCGGCUCCUGCGGCCCACCAUCCAGUUCUUCUUGGUGGCCUUCGCCGUCUAUGUGGGCUACACGCGGGUCUCCGAUUACAAGCACCACUGGAGCGACGUCCUGGUGGGGCUGCUGCAGGGGGCGCUCAUCGCCGUGUUGAACGUCCGCUUCGUGUCCGACUUCUUCAAGAAGCGGCCCCCCCGCCGCCCCAAGCCCGAGCGCGCCGACAGCGAGGAGCCAGAGAGGAAGCCCAGCCUUCAGUUCGUCGACUCGGAGCACGGCAACCAUUACAACUGUCACCCGGUGUGAGGGGACGCCAGCAAGACGGUAGACCCCCAAUUGGGUGCUUUAGUCAGGCAUGUGUUGUGCCCCCACCCCCCAAGCUCCCACCCCUUGCCCCCAUCACCCAUCUGCUUUUCACUACCACUAGACUGACCGAGGGGGUUCCUCUUCUCCAAAAAUACCUCCUUGUCCUCCUGGAGGCAGCAUAUGAACACGCCGCUUGUUCAUGUUGAAGGCGAAGACUCUCGAGAUGACGCGGGAGCGCCACACCAGCCGUUCAAGCACUUACGACGAGGACUGCGAGCUCGUUGCUUCAGUCGUUCUCAUUUCUGCUUUUUUUUUGUACUGACGUCACUUUGUUGAUCCUCCGUGCGGAUUCUAUUCGACGCGCUGCCACACGCGUGUUCCUCGUCAGACGCUUCAUUAGCUACGCACAAUCCAAAAUGAGACACGUUCUGCCUUUACAAAGACAAUAAUGCAAAUCUUGUAUUAUGAUUUAAAAAAAAAAAAGAAAAAAACAUGACAAAUCUUAAAAGGACUUUUAAGUGCAGCCCGUGGUGCAAAGUCAGAAUAGGAGUUAAUGCUCCCUCUUUCGUGUUCCACUAAGGAGGUGAGUGACAUUUUACAAGAGUCACAAAAGUGAAUUGAAAAUUAUGAAAAUUGUUGAACAAUUACAAAAACGAUUGAAAAAUUGCAAAAGAUUUUUACAAGAACAAAGUUGUCGUUUUCCAUGAAAAAUGAUGUGAGGUUGUGGAAAUUAAAGUCACAAAAUUACAACAACAAAAAAACUCCUGACAUUUCAGAAAAUGGUAUAUUAUAGGGAAAAGGUUUUAAUGUGUUUUAUAUUUCAACUUUUCUCUUCCAAAAAAAAAAAUUCAUGGGAAUACAUUUUUUUAAAAAAAGGUUUUAAUUUCAUUUAUUUUACUACCCAUACUUUUUAAAAAAUCUACAUUGAAAUCUGUUUGAAAGGUUUUAAUACUAGUCAAUAAAAAGCUUGUAAUUUGACAAAUACAGUAUAUUUGUAGUCAUGUGAUAAAGAAACUUGAACAAUUUAAUGACCAUGUAAAUUUCCUAAAGAGAAAGGGAGUUAUUUUUCAAAAUUACAAGAUUUUUUUUAAUUAUUAUUACCAGAAUUCCCAGGAAUUUCUCAAGAAAACAUAUACACGUUUGCCCAUUUUACAAGAAUAUAAUUUUCAUAUUUCAUUAGUUCAAUUUUAUGAACCAAUAACGUAUACAAUAUAUGCGAGUCAGUCAACCUAAAAAAAAUCCCAUUGCAAGUUUAGUAAGAAAAAAAAUAUUAAAAUAAAAUAUUUAAAAAAAAAAAAAAAAGGAGCGCCUCUGCUGUUUUCCCUCCAAGUGGUGAACUCCAAUUUCAACAAUCAAUUCCACAUCAUCCUUGAUGCUCAAUUUAAUCUGAUAUGAGCCAUUUCUUCUUAUGUAGCCGCUUUGAUUGCAUUAUUACAAUUUUAAUGGCAGAUUUGUCCAUAAAGCUCUAUCAGUAGUUUGCGUGUGCGUGCGUGCUCACUCGUACGUCCAGUAAGCGAUUUGAUUCGUUUAUUGAAUGACCAUCUUUUUUCUUUUUUUUUUUAAAUUCAGUUUUGCUGUCGACGUCAGGUGAGUGAGAAUGGACUGCAAUGUGGAUUUGUAAAGCUCUGUUCGUACACCACUACCAUGUUGCCCCAUUUUUUUUAAAUCAUCCUUUUAUAUUCAAAUGUCAACAAAGAAGGAAGGAAACACUUUUUUUUUUUUAAAGGAAAAAAAAUCUAUUUAUUGUAAAUGUUUUUAUAGUGCAAUCACUCGGCUUGCCACUUUUGAGUUGCACAUGCUCUUUCUGGAGAUUGCUGCGAAGAAUGUGUCGCUUUAUAUACUUUUGAAUACACUCUUAUAUUUUUGUUCCUGUUGAUGUUCAAUAAUAGUGUGUACACAGCUAGUUCAGGUUUGGGUGGUUUUUUUGGGGGGUUUUUUUUUGCUCAAGGGGGACCCUUUUGAUUUUGAAAAUGGGGAGAUAAAAAUAGUCAUUUAUAGAAUAAUUAAAAUAGUAAAAUGUGUACAAUAUAUACCCUACUGUUGAAAAGUUUGGGGUCAUUUGGAUAUUUUAUUCUAAUUUUUUUUUAUAGACAAGCACUACUCUACGUACAUUGGCGCCUUGACUUGUGGGUUUAAAUCUUUCCAUGACCACUUUCAUAGCUCAAGUCACUUCUAUCUCAAAUUAUCUUCCCCGAUUAAAAUGAAAGUCAGUUAUUCAUUCCAGCAUUCACAAACACUAUUUUUGUUUUUAAUAAUAUAAAUGGCACUCUGCAAUUUAUUUUUACUUCUUAAAAACAUUUAACCCAAUUAGAUCAUCUAACACAAUGUAAAGAAUUAAACAGUUUGUGCAUCAUGGUAUUUCAAAAUAAUUUUGAGCGUGCUGCUCAUUCUGAUAUGUGGACCUUGGCCAUCUGGGGGCAGCGUUAUACAUACAUAUACUACAUGUAGAUUUUAGGAUUAAACAGAAGAAGACAAGAUGAGGUGGGGAGAGUUGACAAAUAUGGUACUCAUGGAAGAGUGCUGUUAUUUAGAAUAAUGUGACUCAAAUUUUAAAAAGUAUGUAAUAUAGUAACUAGUUAGGAACUUCUAAUAUUUAAAAAAGGAAAAUCUGAGAAUGAAUGUCAAAUAAAAUGGAAAAAAAUGAUGUGGGCCCUAUAGAAAUAUUUUUUGCAUUAUUCACUUAAAUGACUGAAUGAAAAAGCUGUUGAUAGUUGAUAAAUAGUGCGCGCGUGUAUGUGCGUGCGCAUAUCACUGCCUUAUGCGGAAGCUGACGAUCAAUUCUAAAAAUAGAUCACAAUAAUAGAUUAUAAACCAUACAAACUAUGGUUCAGUCAAACUACUCAUAGAAGUACAAUUUAUCCAAAUUUUACUACCCACCUCUGGAAAUAAGAUGCAAUAAAUGUAUUUAUAGGGAAAGAAUGUAUGCCCAUCUGUUUGUCUGCAUGUGUUGCCAUCACUUGUGUUCAAAUAGAGGUCAUAUAAAGGGUUAUGAUAAUUUCAAUGUUCAUAUUAGUUUCAUCACCCUCUGUAGUGCUUUUGUGUCAUGUGUUAGCAUUAAGCUAGAUGCCUUUUGGAAGAAUUUGCGUGCUUUGGUUCAGUACAUAAUGUGUCAUUUUCUUUGGUUUUCUUUUUAAAUUGAAUGUCAGUUUGGAGUGGCAAGCCCCAGGGCUCCUUGUCGAGCUACUGUAGUUAGUUCUCCAUAGCUAGCACCCAUAACUCAUGUAUGCUCGAAACUAGACAAAAUAUCGGCAGCACAACGGCUCGUAUCUGGCAAAAUUAACUCAACUCGUAAGUAUUGGUACCACUGUAUAGAUGAAGGUAUGUACUUGGGUUAAAAGGUUUGAUUCUCAUGUUUUAAUUUUUGAGUGAACCCCCGUCAUUUCUGAUGGAUAGCGAAUGAACACUGCUGCUUGUAAAGAAAAUCCGUAAUUGACGCACCCCAAACGGUUUGUAAUUGCCUGUAGUGGCCACAAGAUGGUGGCAAAGCACUUUUCCCCCCCUUUUCGACAAGGCUAUUUGGUGUGGCUAGCUCGAUGAAACUCCUCGCUUCAGUUCAACAAUGUUAGAGAUGGAUUUAGCACAAAAAGAUGUAUAGGAGUUUCUCAGCAAAUAAGGGGAUGAUGGGUAUCGAUUAAAAGUAAGUCCUCUAAUUGGUGAAUUUGCACAUGCUGAAAUAUGAAUAUGCGGGAUAUUCACUGUACAUGUAUAGAUCCUGUACAUGUAUACUUCAAAAGUUUGGGGUCACUUAGAAAUUCCCAUUUUUUUUUUUUAAGGCAAUUGAACCAAUGUUAGUGAAAAAUAUAACAAAUACCAGGUAUCAAAAGACACUCAAUAAUGUAAAUGGUCAGUGGCCCAGAUUAAAGACCGCCACGCCCCUGUGUGGCCCCUGCGCCA